GGGUCUUUUAAGUUUCUGAUUUUCUUUAUAAAAAAAUUCCUAGGCAUUUUCAAGAAUUGUGUAUUUGUGGAUUGAGUUAGCACAUGAUUCCACUUGUGGGAUUACACUGGGUAUGUUGUUGUUGUUGUUGAGUUAGCACAUGAUGACUUCAUAAGGUAUUCAGAAUAGUUUAAAGAUUCAGUCUUUAACGUGCUUGUUCAGUCAAGGAAAUGUUGGAUGUGAUGUGUUUUUUCUGGUUAAUUUUCUGUUCCCAGUUUGCAUUGAUUUGCAAAGAGCCUUGACAGUCAGUGGUUAGAUGAUGGAAGAAAAGGAUGGAGUGGUAACUAAAGUGGAAGGCGUAAGUUCUUUGCCUCCAUUAAACUCUUCCACCAUUGCAAUAGCUAUAAAUGGUAAGAAAAAGAGCAAAUAUGUAGUAAGGUGGGCUUUGGACAAAUUUGUCCCUGAAGGGAAGGUUUGCUUCAAGCUGUUACAUGUCCGUCCGCGCAUAACUGGUGUGCCAACCCCCAUGGGAAGCUUUAUACCUAUUUCUCAAGUGCGGGAUGAUGUAGUAGCUGCUUUUCGAAAGGAUGUCGAGUGGCAAACAAGUGAAAUUCUGCUUCCUUACAAGAUGUUAUGUACUAGACGAAAGGUCCAAGUAGAAGUUUUACAACUUGAAUCAGAUGAUAUCGUGAAAGCAAUAGCACAGGAGGUCACCAAGCUUAAUAUCAUCAAGCUUGUGAUAGGUGCUUCAUCUCGUAGCAUAUUUUCUAGGGGACAAAGCUUAUCCUCAAGAAUCUCGGACAGUACUCCAACCUUUUGUACCAUCUAUGCUGUUUCAAAUGGAAAAUUGUUAUCUGUACGUCCUUCUGAUUCAGAGAUAAAUGGAAGCAGUUCGGCUGAAGAUAGUUACACGAGCUGCUCAAUCACCAGUUCAACAGGCCACACUUCAAGUUCACUAACAGAAAGGUCGGAACCAGACUCAAGUUCUUCAUACAGUCACUUCCGUUCUCCAUCACUACCGAUGCAAAGAUUUCAAGCUCUGUCACAUAUUAAUCAGAACCUUCCUCAUAGAAGAGCAAGUUCAAAUGAAUCAGUCCACCAUAAAAACUAUUCUCUUGAUUUUGGAGACGGUGAGGAUGAUGUCAGUUCUUGUCCCCAAGGAACAUCUCUUACUGAUGGAGAUGAUCCUGCUUCUAGUUUUAGGAGCUUGGUAACUGACAACUAUUUAACAGCAGAUGAUCAAGCUUCAAUUUCAGGCGCUCAGACAGAUUCAUCGUCGGGAUAUGAGGCGGACAUCAAUUUUGAGCUAGAGAAGCUAAGAACUGAAUUAAGACAUACUCGAGGAAUGUAUGCAGUUGCACAAACGGAAGUAAUUGAUGCUUCUAGGAAGAUAAAAGAGCUUCACAAGCGUCGGUUGGAGGAAGACGUCAAAUUUCGGGAAAUUUGUUUGAAGGAGGAGGAAGUUAAAGAGUUAGCACGAAAAGAGAAUGAGAAGUAUGAAGCGGCAAAAGAAGAAGCUGAUUAUGUGAAGGACUGUGCUGAAAGAGAGGCUGCACAAAGAGAAGAAGCAGAAUUACUAGCCUUACGUGAGGCAAAAGAAAAAGAUAAGCUUGAGAAUGCCUUGACGGGUCAGGCACAUCAGUACCAAGAAUUCACUUGGGAAGAGAUCAUAUCUUCCACCUCUUCAUUCGCUGAAAAUCUUAAAAUUGGUAUGGGGGCAUAUGGAACCGUUUAUAAGUGCAGCUUGCAUCUUACUACAGUCGCUAUCAAAGUUCUUCACUCUGAGGGAUCUCACCUGACGAGGCAAUUUCAGCAAGAGCUGGAAAUAUUAAGCAAAAUUAGUCAUCCACACUUGCUAAUCCUUCUUGGUGUGUGCCCCGAUCGUGGUUGCUUAGUGUAUGAAUUCAUGGAGAAUGGUAGCUUGGAGGAGAGGCUCCUCAGGAAACAUGAUACACCUCCGAUUCCAUGGUUUGAUAGAUAUCGAAUUGCAUGGGAAGUGGCCUCUGCCCUUGCCUUUCUUCACAACUCCAAGCCAGAUCCAAUUAUUCAUCGUGAUCUAAAGCCAGCAAACAUAUUGCUUGAUCGUAAUUUUGUCAGUAAAAUUUGUGAUGUUGGCCUCUCAACUAUGAUUAAUUCAGACACUUCGUUAUCCACCAUUUACAAAGACACAGGUCCUGUGGGAACACUUUGCUACAUAGACCCUGAGUACCAAAGGACCGGAAUGAUCUCUCCAAAAUCUGACAUCUAUGCAUUUGGGAUGGUUCUGUUGCAGUUGCUAACAUCAAAAGCAGCAAUGGGACUUCCCCACAUUGUUGAGACAGCGAUCGAUAAGGAUAAUCUAACUAAGGUACUAGAUUCAGAGGCUGGUAAAUGGCCAUUAGAAGAGACAAAGAAACUAGCAAUGCUAGCACUUAAAUGCACAGAGCUUUGUCGAAGAGACAGGCCCGAUUUGAAAGGUGAAAUUCUCCCAGCAUUGGAGAAAUUGAAAGAAGUUGCUGAUAAGGCUCGAGAUUCUUCCUCAACUACCCGGCCUCCUCCUCCUAACUACUACUUGUGCCCAUUACUCAAGGAUAUAAUGGAGGAACCUUGUGUGGCGGCUGAUGGGUAUACUUACGACAGGAAGGCAAUAGAAACAUGGUUAAAAGAGAACGAUAUAUCACCAAUGACAAACCUACCAUUAGCUCAUAAGAACGUUCUACCAAAUUACGCACUGCUUUCCGCGAUUCUGGACUGGAAAUCAAGAAAGGCUGGAAAUAUUUGGAUUGUUUAGAUAGAUCUUUGUGAGACUUAUAGUCUAGUUGAACAUAGCUUACCAAAUUUAUAUCCCUUCACACAGUGAACCAGCCUAUAGAUUUGGAUGUUUCUCUGUAUGUAGCAUAUAACAAUGUUAGAAGCAUAAAAAUAUGUGAGACAGUAAGAGAAGAGUUGUGCCCGGGGGCGGGGGGCGGGGGGGUGGGUGUUUGUGAAAGGUUGCAUAUGAAACUAUGUAAUGACAUGCAUCAGUCUUGAAUUCCUCUUGUCAUCAGUGAAGCUGCAAUUAUCGUGUUGAGACCUCCUUUAAUAUCAAACAGUGUGUUCUUUGCAAUAUCUCCAUGAAAAUUUGGCAUUUUAUGGAAAAGACAGAAUUUUAAUCCCACAAGAAGCAGCUUGGACUUAAUCUUGCCUCCUAUAUCCACGGGAUAUAUUGGGAUUCCCAUAACAUAUGCUAUAAAGAUUCUAAAACCAAAGCCCACGUGGCCAGGCAUGAUCAUCCAAAAUUGCUGUAGGACCUAAUUUUCCUGGGAUUGUAGUUCAAUCGGUCAGAUCACCUCCCUACCAACACGAACGUUGUGGGCUCGAGCCCAAUCAGCCUGAUGGAUUCAAUAAAUAUAUCUCUUCAUCUCUCCAUUUUCUGUGAAAAAGGGAGACAGGGAGCAUACUUCAUUCCCAACAAGUCAUCUGCUUGACCUUGAUUCAAUCUUGUUUGAACAUAGGCAGAUCUAAGAUUUAUACUUAAGUUAUUAGCAUAAG